AUGGGGGCGAUGGUGAGUGCUUGUGUCUGGCAAUACGCGGAUAUUCGAUAUGGGUUUCUGGAUCAAGAGCUGGGCUUCGACAACUUGCAUGCGUUGGCGGCGCAAGGACGGCACAAGGCUGUUCGCAAGCUGCUGAGGCAUGGCAUGGACCCAAACGCUCGUCGUAUGGAAGGAGCGCUUGGAGCGGACGAUGAUGAACGAGGCGAUUCUCCUAUGAUCUGUGCUACCAGAGGUGAUCUGGGCAACAAGGACCAACAGCGACACGUAAACACGCUCGAAGUGCUGCUACAUUUCGGAGCGAAGGUCAAUCAGCCCAAUCUGCUGAACCAGACGCCUCUGUACGUUGCGUGUGAGCGAAACUUGUUGCGCGUCGCAACGUGGUUGCUGCAACACGGCGCCGACGUCAAUAUCAAUUGCAAGACGGGUGUAUCGCCACUCAUGUGUGCAUACCAGAACCAGAACGAGACGCUCGCCACUAUGUUACUCGAGAAAGGAGCAGUCGUCAUCCGUCCGCCUACGACGUUUAGCCACAUCAAGUUCCCUGAGCUCUCAGACGAGCUUGACAAUGAUGAAGCUUCAGCCAACGACAAACAAGCCGCCAAGUUGCAUUCAUCUCUGCAGCAAUUCGUCGACCGCGAGGCAGAGCGACGAGAAGGUUUGCUAAAAGCUGCUCAUGAGGCACAACGUCUGGAGGAUCAACGUAUAUACCGAGAACAGCUCGCUAAAGAGGGGUCUAAACGCAAAGCUCGUCGUCGUCGUAAACGUCUGGAAGCCCAGCAACGACGCAAUUUGCCUCCAGUGAACGCCGCCUCCGACAUUGAUCGUGAUGAGGAAUACUUACGUAGUAAUUCUGCACCUAGUCAGGAUGGUCUGUUACUAUGGGAGAAGAAAGCGAUGAAUCCUCGGGCCCCAUCUCGAAGACCUCAAUGGGUAGCGAGACAGAUUCACUGUACGCAACAGUCACAGAACCAUCGAACCGAGUCGGAACACGACUUCAUGUGUCAGUGUACCAAGCUCUACGAGUCAAUUGAGCAAGAGCGCAGUCGUCGAAGAGCUAACUCCAUCACUACCGUAGCAACAAAGUGA